AUGAAACUACUUCACAAGAUAGAAUUCGAAUUCGGCCGUGCUGGGAACCGAAUUCGCACAACUGCAGUAAGUUCAAGUCUAUUUAAAAUUCGAGAAGAGACUUUGCCUUUUGGAUUCGGAGUUCUCCAACAAUACAUCCUCUUUAGGGUUGAAAUCGGAAAGUCUUUCAGCACAACUUACUCGAUAUCAGCAUUCCUCGUGGCCAUUAUUCGAAGAGAGAAAGACUGUGGUCUUUAUUGA